AAUGGAUAACUUCGGACGUGUCUAUAGAUUUUAGCAUAUCAUAAUACACGCGUAUUAUAUCGUCAUCAUCUUUAUACUAUUACGCGUUUCGCCGAGAUUUAUCAUAAUAUAAAUGUAUUAUUCACUAUACGAGAGUACCUGCAUAUAGAUACCAAUGUGAGCGCGUGCAAAAGAAAUAAUUCGACUCAAACAUUAACUACUGAUGACGUUUCGAUUACCUACCAUAUACCUACUGUUAUAAAUCGGGAUCACGACAAAAUACCUAUAUUAUCUGACUAUGUUAGUAUAGGAACUCGCGUCUCGACAUGUGACACAGUAAUGAGAAAAAAAGGUAACGGAAAAACAGAUCGGCGAGCUAUUCACUCUGUAAAAUAAUAUGUUUUAAUCGUCGCAGCGACAACAUUACACAAAAUCGCCGUUGCCGAUGUACCGCGCUCGCGAACGGUUCGCACCGCACCAAAAAUCAUCACGCACGUGUUCGACGACGCGUAAUAACAUCAAAUAAUACACGUUAUUAUAGUAACUGUACGAUAUACGGCGUGUCGCGUCUCGCAGGAGUGCGGGCUGCCGCAGCUGCAGUUUGACGGCCGGCCGAGUUGUGCAGUAGUGUGAGGUUAGCCGAUGUGGUAUUCGGCUUGCUGGGCGGCGGUAUGGCUCCGCCUGCAGGCACGUCGUCCAUGUUGCGGUCCCGGCGCCGCGACGCCACCCUCAAGCCAAACCGGACGUUGGACAGGAGCGCGUCUCGGGGAAUGCUUUACGAGAACGAGGAGCUCCGGUUGCGCACGAUCAACAUCAACGCCGAAGUCGAAAAAGGCCAAAAUUACAUAAAAAAGUUACGUCGGGAAAACGAACAACUGAAAAGGGAGAUAUGGAAUUUAAGAGAAGAAUACGAACGAUUGGAAAAUUACGUAAAAAGCCGGGAACAAUCAGAAAACGAAGAGGAAUAUGAAGAGGAGGAGGACGAUGACAACGACAACGACGAUAACGAUGACGUUGAAGUAGUGACCACGGUAGAACCAACGGAAGUUGCAACUGAUACGACCACCGCAGUGGUUGUGUUGGAGACUGUGGUCGAAGAAGACGAUGACGGUGAUCAGGAACUUAACCAGCAAUUCGAAGGUCACGAAUUCGUAGCCGGUGACAGCGAAAACAUCAAACCACAGAAUCCAAACUCUUCGGGUGUCGACGACCGGCACGAGAUUAAUAAUCAUAUCAUUAACGAACGCCGUCAUGUCACCGUCAGCGGUGCGGCGGCGAACCCUCUACGGGACGCUGUCACCGACACCGACUGCACGACGACGGCGACCGCUGACGGCCGGGAGGGACGCGCCGCUGCAGUGACGGCCGACUCACCGGCGACCGGCGGCGGUGUCGGGUGCGACGGCGGUGACCCCGACCACCAGGACGGUGGUCGCACCCGACAGCCGCAGCCGCAACGAGAGGAGGACCCGGUGCAGCGCGGCGAACAACCCUUUUCAUCGCAACUGGACGCGGCGGUGCUGCAGCCGCACACCGCGUGUUUUGACACCGGGAGUAACCGUCAACUGCACGAUCUGACGGUGGACGAAGUGAUCGACGCCAUACAGGACGUUGAGCUCAGAGACAAGUUGCGAACGGUGUGCUUGACAGACGACAGAUGUUACAUGACGUUCGCAAACGCCGAGUGCUUGGAACGGGCGCUGCACACGUCAUUCGGAAUCCGUGACGUGCCAGUGCUGUUGAUGGACACUGGCGCGGGUGCUGUAAUCCUGUCGCUGACGGGCGUGCCGGACACUGUAGCCGACAAAGACGUCCUGAAAUGUCUCAAGAAAUACGGCACGAUCAUCGGCGGAGUGGAGAGGAAGACUGCCAGGUGUGGGACGGCCGGCGGCGAGCGUUACGUGCGCGUCCGGCCGACGCUUGGUGCGCCCAGGUACUUGUGGUUCGGGUCGGACAAAGUCAUCGUCAGGCAGCUAACCGAGCACGAAACGGGCACGAUGAACAGCAUCGCCCGGCGAAAGUCGUUCAGAUCUCAGAUAAAGUUGAACUUGAAAAUGGCCGAUGCGUCGGCGUCGUCCAGUGACCACGGUUGUGAUGACAAAAACGGCGGUGGCGGCGCGGACAGUGGUGGCGCUGGCGAAGUCGGCGAUGAGCCCCGCCGCGGUAGUGGCGACGGCGUCGACGUCGGGUCCAACACUACGACCGCGAUGACCGCGGUAUCUGUUCGGAAUGGAUUCAAAUUUCCGUUGUCGGAUUCAAAAACUACAGCAAUCACCAGUCAACCAAUAGUGGAACCCAAGACUGCAACGGCAGGAACAGCGGCAAUGACGUCGUCGUCAACUAACUCCAAGGCGGCUGGGUCACCUAAGAAAUUGAAAGCAGUGCCGACAAACGAUCGUGACAGUGGUCCACCAACGGCUGCUUCGGGCCCGUCCGAAUCGCCGCUCAGGGGUCGGCGGAGAACGUCUCUUAUGGGAUUCCGGCGGGACACCAUAAUCAAGCACCGUGGCGGGUCCAUGUCCCGGACUGAUGGGGGCGAGGAUGCGGACAGCGAUACAAGUACGAUUUGUCGACGAAAGCUGAGCAUUACCGGUCGUGAGGGUACGGAAAAAGUGCCUUGGUGUGGGUGCUGGGGCAAUGGUUGUCUGUAAUAUAUUAUAAUAUAGUAUUUUUAUUAUGGCGUACUUGUCGAUAUUUCACUCGAAAAUAGUAUAUGUACCUAAAACUGGUAUUUAUAAUAAGGUAUAUUAGGACGUUUUUUGACGAGUACUCUUUUUUAAUUGUAUUUUUUAUGUGCAUUUUAUAAUAUAUGUACUUGACGUAUUGUAUAUAUUAU